GACAUACUCAGAUGCCUUUCAAAUUUAUACCACUCAGUAUGUGCAUUGUUUGGAAAAUGAAUGUUGAUUACAGCUUCUUUCGAAACCUGAUUUACGCCACCGACGGACGCUCUAUUUAUUUCAACAUUUGACAGAACUGUGUUAAAAAUGAAGCACCGCCGCUGGGAGGCAGCCGUCGCUCGGAUUACAUCAGAUUCAUGGUUAGCAACGGGUUUUCGCUGAAUGAUUUCAUUCAUCAUACCCAGAAUGCACAGAGAGACACUAAAAUAGCAAGAUUUUCAGGUAUCAUGGCGUUUGCUACCUCUGCUUGAGCCGUCUCCCCUUUUGCUGGAAAGGAUUUACAAAGAACAAGAGAGCAACGCCAGUGAAGCGAGUCCGACAAAUUAAGCGCACCACUGAUGUUCUGCUGACCAGGAUUAGACCAACGCUGGAUAGACCGUCAUGGCAGCGUCCGAGCUGUACACAAAGUAUGCCCGGGUUUGGAUACCUGAUGCAGAGGAUGUGUGGAAAUCGGCAGAACUCCUCAAAGACUACAAGCAGGGAGACACAGUGCUUCAUCUCCAGUUAGAGGAUGGCACGGAAAUUGAACACAAAUUAGACCCAAAAACGAGGAACUUGCCCCAUCUUAGAAACCCCGACAUCCUAGUGGGGGAGAAUGACCUCACUGCUCUCAGUUACCUCCACGAGCCGGCUGUCCUGCACAACCUCAAAGUGCGCUUCAUUGACUCCAAGCUCAUCUACACAUAUUGUGGUAUUGUCUUAGUGGCCAUUAAUCCCUAUGAAACCCUACCCAUCUAUGGAACAGACAUCAUCAAUGCCUACAGUGGUCAGAAUAUGGGGGACAUGGACCCCCACAUAUUUGCAGUGGCCGAGGAAGCUUACAAACAAAUGGCCAGGGAUGAGAGGAACCAGUCAAUUAUUGUGAGUGGGGAAUCAGGAGCUGGGAAGACGGUCUCUGCCAAAUAUGCCAUGAGGUACUUUGCUACCGUGAGCGGGUCAGCCAGUGAGGCCAACGUGGAGGAGAAGGUGCUUGCGUCGAACCCGAUCAUGGAGGCCAUAGGAAAUGCCAAGACCACCAGGAAUGACAACAGCAGUCGCUUUGGGAAGUACAUUGAGAUCGGGUUUGAUAAGAGGUACCGGAUCAUUGGGGCCAACAUGAGGACGUACCUGCUGGAGAAAUCAAGAGUGGUCUUUCAGGCAGACGAAGAGAGAAAUUACCAUAUAUUCUACCAGCUGUGUGCUUCUGCACGCUUGCCGGAAUUCAAAGCUCUUAAGUUAGGCUCUGCCAAUGACUUCCAUUGUACCAAUCAGGGCCGUAGCCCAGUCAUCGACGGUGUGGAUGAUGCCAAGGAGAUGGUUACCACCAGACAAGCUUUCACAUUAUUAGGUAUUAACGAAUCUUACCAGAUGGGCAUUUUCCAAGUUCUUGCAGCUAUCCUCCAUCUAGGCAAUGUGGCCAUCAAGGAUCGGGAUUCAGACAGCAGUAUAAUCCUGCCCAACAAUGUCCACUUGACCAUUUUCUGCGAAUUAAUGGGAGUGACCUACCAGGACAUGUCCCACUGGCUGUGCCAUAAGAAACUCAUGACAGCGGCAGAAACCUACAUUAAGCCCAUCCCAAAACUGCAAGCCAUCAAUGCAAGGGAUGCCCUUGCCAAACACAUCUAUGCCAAACUCUUCAGCUGGAUUGUUGAUCAUGUCAAUCAAGCCCUGCACUCCACAGUGAAACAGCAUUCCUUCAUUGGAGUUCUCGACAUUUAUGGAUUUGAAACGUUUGAGAUCAACAGCUUCGAGCAGUUCUGUAUAAAUUACGCAAAUGAGAAGCUGCAGCAACAGUUCAAUAUGCAUGUGUUUAAACUGGAGCAGGAGGAGUACAUGAAGGAGCAGAUCCCCUGGACGUUGAUAGACUUCUAUGACAAUCAGCCCUGUAUCAAUCUGAUCGAAGCCAGACUCGGAGUCCUGGACCUGCUUGAUGAAGAAUGCAGGAUGCCAAAAGGAACAGACGAUACCUGGGCUCAGAAGCUGUAUAACACUCACUUGAACAAAUGCGCACUUUUCCAGAAGCCCCGUCUGUCUAAUAGAGCCUUCAUUAUCCAGCACUUUGCAGACAAGGUGGAAUAUCAAUGUGAAGGGUUCUUGGAGAAGAAUAAAGACACAGUUAAUGAGGAACAGAUACAUGUGCUGAAAGCAAGCAAGAAGUUUGAGCUGCUGGUGGAGCUUUUUCAAGAGGAGGAAAAAGUCACGAGCCCCACUGGGGCUCCCCCUGGUGGCCGCACCAGGCUGAGCAUCAAGCCAGAUAAAACGCGACACAGUCAGUCCAGCAAAGAGCACAAGAAAACUGUGGGGCUGCAGUUCCGUAACUCGCUGCAGCUGUUGAUGGACACUCUGAAUGCUACUACUCCACACUACGUGCGCUGCAUCAAGCCCAAUGACCACAAGUACCCUUUCACGUUCGACCCCAGGAGAGCGGUGCAGCAGCUCCGGGCCUGUGGUGUUCUGGAGACCAUCAGAAUCUCGGCUGCCGGCUUCCCUUCCAGAUGGACCUAUCAGGAGUUCUUUAGCCGGUACCGGGUCCUCAUGAAGCAGAAAGAUGUGCUGAGCGACAAGAAGCUGACUUGCAAGAAUGUGCUGGAAAAGCUCAUCAAGGAUCAGGACAAGUACCAGUUUGGUAAGACGAAGAUUUUCUUCCGCGCCGGACAAGUGGCCUACCUGGAGAAGCUGCGUGCGGACAAGCUGCGGGCGGCUUGCAUCCGAAUCCAGAAGACCAUCCGGUGCUGGCUGAUGCGCAAGAAGUACCUCCGCAUGAGGAGCGCAGCCAUCACCAUUCAGACACACAUCCGGGGAUACCAGGCGCGAUGUCUUGCCAAGUUCCUGCGCCGGACCAGAGCUGCCAUCAUUAUCCAGAAGUUCCAGAGGAUGUAUGUGGAGAGGAAGAGGUACAAGCGCUUGCAGGCUUCUGCCCUCAUCAUCCAGUGUAUCCUGCGUGCGUACAUGGCCAGGCAGAAGUACCAGGCGAUGUUACGGGAGCACAAGGCGAUUAUCAUCCAGAAGAUGGUGAGAGGCUGGCUUGCCCGGCAGUGGUUCAAGAGGUCUCUGGAGGCUAUUGUUUACCUACAGUGCUGUGUGCGCCGCAUGAAGGCAAAGCGCGAACUGAAAAAAUUGAAAAUCGAGGCCCGCUCAGUGGAACACUACAAGAAGCUCAACAUUGGUAUGGAGAACAAAAUCAUGCAGUUGCAGCGCAGGAUAGACGAACAGCACAAGGAGAACAAGAACAUGCACGAGCGACUCUCAAGCUUGGAGAGUUCCUAUGCUUCAGAGAGCGAAAAGUUGAGGAACGAAGUGGCUCGUCUCCGUGUGACAGAGGAAGAGGCGAGAAACAACGCCAACCGGAUCACCACUCUGCUGGAGGAGCUCGCCAGGCUGACCAAGGAGCUUGAGGAAACUAGGAAGGAGAAAAAGACCAUCGAGGAGUGGGCUGAAAAGUACAGAGAUGAGAUGGAGCAGAUGGUGUCAGAUCUGAAGGAGAGGAACACCCUCCUGAAGAGCGAGAAGGAUGACCUGAAUCGCCUGAUCCAGGAGCAGGCCCAGCAGAUGAAAGAAAAAAUGGAGAAGGCGCUGAUGGAGGAGACCAAACAACUGGAGAGUGAUCUGAAUGAGGAGCGGUCCCGGUACCAGAACCUGCUGAGCGAGCACCUGCGGCUGGAAGAGCGUUACGACGAUCUCAAGGAGGAGAUGAACCUUGCAGUGAAUGUUCCCAAGCCGGGCCACAAAAGGACAGACUCUACCCACAGCAGCAAUGAGUCUGAAUACACCUAUAAUUCCGAAUUUGCAGAGUCGGAGGAGAUCUCUCGUGGAGGAGAGGAUGUCACCAAGGCUCCCUGGGACAUGUCUCUCUUCCUCAAGCUGCAGAAGAGGGUGACUGAGCUGGAGCAAGAGAAGCAGUCCCUGCAGGGAGAGCUGGACAGAAAGGAGGAGCAGGCUCAGCGGGCUAGGACCAGGGAGGAGGAGGACUACAAACGGGCUCGGGGAGCAGAGCUGGAGUAUGAGUCUCUCAAGCGCCAAGAGCUGGAGUCUGAGAACAAGAAGCUGAAGCAUGACUUGAACGAGAUGCGGAAAUCUAUGUCUGAGAAGACCGGGCCUGGCAGUGCGGUCCCAGGCUCCCCGGUUUACAAAGUCCUCCUGGACCAGCUCAACUCCUCUAAUGAGGAGCUGGAGGUCCGGAAGGAGGAGGUGCUGAUCCUGCGCUCCCAGCUGGUCAGCCAGAAGGAGGCCAUGCAGCACAAGGAGCACAAGGAAACCAUGACAGAGGCCAUGUCUUACAUUGAGGAUGUGCAGAAGAUGAAGGAUGCGGGUGAAAUUACUCAAGCGUACAUAGGACUGAAGGAAACCAACAGAUCACCAAAGUUUUUGCGUAAACCCCUUGAAGUGAAUGAUCUCAUGGCUAGGCUCAGAUCCCCCACUCAGGACUACCAUGCGCUGAAUGAGGACGGAGAGCUUUGGCUGGUUUAUGAAGGGUUAAAGGAAACCAACAGGCUGCUGGAGUCGCAGCUGCAGACGCAGAGGAAGGCCCAUGAGAACGAGGUGGAGGUGCUGCGCGGGGAGCUGCAGGGCGUCAAGGAGGAGAACAACCGGCAGCAGCAGCUCCUGGCCCAGAACCUGCAGCUGCCCCCGGAGGCCCGGAUCGAGGCCAGCCUGCAGCACGAGAUCACCCGCCUCACCAACGAGAACCUGGAAUUAUAUGCUGAUGACCCUAAGAACUAUCGGCUCUACCGGAUUGCACUUUACCAACGGAUCAUUGAUCUCAUGGAGCAGCUGGAAAAACAGGACAAGACUGUUCGUAAACUCAAGAAGCAGCUGAAAGUGUUUGCAAAGAAGAUUGGGGAGUUAGAAGUGGGUGGUCAGAUGGAGAAUGUGUCCCCCGGGCAAACUGUGGAUGAGCCUAUUAGGCCUGUCAACAUCCCCAGGAAGGAGAAGGACUUUCAGGGAAUGCUGGAGUACAAGAAGGAUGACGAGACCAAGCUUGUGAAAAAUCUGAUUCUAGAGCUGAAGCCGCGAGGAGUUGCAGUGAACCUCAUCCCUGGACUCCCUGCCUACAUUCUCUUCAUGUGCCUCCGGCACGCCGACUACAUCAAUGACGACCAGAAGGUGCGAACCCUCCUGACAUCCACUAUCAACGGCAUCAAGAAGAUCUUAAAGAAAAGAGGAGACGACUUUGAAACAGUCUCAUUCUGGUUGUCCAACACCUGUCGGUUCCUGCACUGUCUGAAGCAGUACAGUGGAGAGGAGUCCUUCAUGAAGCACAACACCCCGAGGCAGAAUGACCACUGCCUCACCAACUUUGACCUGGCCGAAUACAGGCAGGUGCUUAGUGACCUGGCCAUCCAGAUUUACCAGCAACUCAUUAAGUGUAUGGAGAACAUCCUUCAUCCAAUGAUAGUCUCAGGAAUGCUGGAGCACGAGACGAUCCAGGGUGUGUCGGGAGUGAAGCCUACAGGCCUUCGCAAGAGGACCUCCAGCAUCGCAGAUGAAGGCACCUACACGUUGGACUCCAUUCUGCGCCAGCUCAACUCCUUCCACUCCACCAUGUGCCAGCACGGCAUGGACCCUGAGCUCAUCAAGCAGGUGGUCAAGCAGAUGUUCUACAUCAUCGGGGCCGUCACCCUCAACAACCUCCUAUUGCGCAAGGACAUGUGCUCCUGGAGCAAAGGCAUGCAGAUCAGGUACAACGUCAGCCAGCUGGAGGAGUGGCUGAGAGACAAGAAUCUGAUGAUGAGCGGAGCUAAAGAGACCCUGGAGCCCCUGAUCCAAGCCGCCCAGCUGCUGCAGGUGAAGAAGAAGACGGACGAGGAUGCCGAGGCCAUCUGCUCCAUGUGCAACGCGCUGUCCACGGCCCAGAUUGUGAAAGUGCUGAAUCUGUACACCCCUGUAAACGAGUUUGAGGAACGAGUGUCCAUUACAUUUAUACGUACCAUACAGACGCGCUUAAGGGACCGGAAAGAGUCGCCGCAGUUGCUAAUGGACACCAAAACCAUCUACCCAGUUACAUUCCCUUUCAACCCCUCCAGCCUCGCACUAGAGACCAUUCAGCUCCCCAGCAGCCUCAACCUAGGAUUCCUCACUCGUGUGUAAAGCUGCCCUCUAGCUCGAUGGGAUCACUGAUUUAGCCAGUUUGUCCAAAAUUUCAAGCAAACCACCUUCAGAUCAGACACUGGGUUAUGAAAUGCCACUUUAGGUAGUGUCCCUGUAGAAAUCCGAAUAUAAGUCUUCAACAGGCAAUACAAAGUUGAGACAUUUUACAUUUUUUUCAGGCUUAAGCAAAAUGUGUUGAUUUGAAUGAGGGACUAGUAAGGAUGUGAGAUUGUCACGAGGAGGGAUGUUGACAUGCAUAAUCUUCCCUUCCCUCUUGCAGUUUGUGAAUGAUGGUGUGUUUUAAUACACAAUGCAUGGUGAUGACAACUUGUUUCUCAAGACGAUCAGUUGCUGUUAAGGAAACACUUUCAUAUUUAUCAUGUUUAUUAUAGUGUAUAUCAUAGGAGAUGCAGAUUUUAAGCAUUUGCCUAACUUUGUAUUGCAUCACAAUGCUUAAGGCCUUGGUCAUAAUAUUUAUCAUGCAAAGAAGAAGAAGCAUCUGAUAUUGCAUUUGUAUGAUCUUGAAUUUUCCCUUUGAAUCGCGAAAAGAAACAACUGGGAAAUCAGUCAUGCUAAGAACCAAUUUAAAAACUGGAAAAGGAAACUGGCAGUAUAGAGAAUAAUUUGAAUAUUUCUGUCAGAAUUAUGUAGAAUUAAAAAAUGGUUCGUUAGUCUACUAUUUAAUAUAGAUGUUUAUUUGUUAGAAUUGUGAUUUUAGCACACUUAGAUAGCUACUGUGUCUUGUGUAACUCGCAUAUGCAGCAUAUGGUACUUAUUUAGCACUGCAGUGCAGAGUUUUAUGGUAUACUUCUCCUAAAUAUCAAUUUGUUUACAAUUCAGACAUUAGGUUAAUUUACUGCAGGUGUCACUGUUACACGUCUAGGAGACGUACUGUAGGUCAAGUGGGUUAUGGUGGGGUACUUGGUAAUGCCCCAGAGAUUUUAAAGGAAAGAAGUGUCAGGAAAGGACCUCACUAAUAUGAUCACAGACUGUAUAUAUAAUUUCUUUUGCAUCAAAAUAUUAUCAUCCAUUAUGUUCAGAGAUUUCAGGUGUGACUCAGGCGUUUCAGAAAGGGCCAUAUUCGUAAAGACUUAGUGCACUAGUAUGUGCUUAUGGUUAUAGUUGUAGUUACUACUUCUUCUCCAUAACUGGGGUAUCCUGCUGCCUUAUGCUAAUGUUCUGAAAGUAAUCUUGUAUCUGUCACAGUCAUGUCACUCAAUCAGGAGAGCCAGUUCAAUCUGUUUCAGUUCUUCUACCAUGACCUGUGAGACAGGUGACAGAUGACAAAAGCAGACUGGCUACAGUACUUAAUGUAAGAUAAAGGUUACAUUUUGUUUUUUUAAAAAAAGCUCAUUAAACGUUUAUGAACAACUUAAAUUAUUUUUUGGAGUAUAAAUAAUGAGGAAUUGCAUUGGCCCCAUACUAAAAACACUCUGAGCAUGUUUCAUUUAAAUAAAUGUUUGUUGGCUUUUAACAGGAUAUAUGCAUUUCCUUGAACGCAGAGUUUAGCGGUUAGAUAACACAGUCAGCAUAGUGGACCAAUGCUUCACCUUUUGUUAUCGAGGAAUUAUGUUCUCUGCUGUAAUUCAGAUAUCACUUUGCAGAUGUUUAAGAAUUUAGAUCUGUAUAAUUGCUUAUCUAAAACAUAUUGAAUAAAACCUCUGACAUGCUUUUUUUUUUAGAAAGUGUGAUAAUGUAGUAGUAAUCUUUAGUAUGCAAGACAGGCCUUUUAAAAAGUUAGCUUACUCUGAUAUUUUUCUGGUUAUGCAUCUGAAGACGGAAACCCCAUUAGCAGUACUAUUUAAUUUACAUACUGCAGAGAUACACAAAACAUGCAAACUUGUUAUGACAGGUAGAUAUUCUGUCUCUUCUUAUAGAUAUAUUGGACUGACCCCUAAAAUGAAUUCUAAAAAUGUUUAAUUCUCAAGAGGAUAGAAUAAAAGGAAACUAGGUUAUCACAUGCCAAGUUCAUCUCAGUCUUGUCUUAAUUUCAUUUUGCAGUCAAGAUCUGUUGUAACACUAACCUUUGUCAGCAUGUUACAGUAUAUAUGCUAAUUAAGCUGCCCAUGCCUACAAGCAAGGAAUACAGAACUCCUGUGAAUGUUACAAAAAUGUACAUAUCCUCAGAGUCCCAUAAAAAUGUUUAAGAAGUGCAUUGAUGUAUGUUUAUUUUUGUUUAAAGGCAAUAUAGUUUGAACUAAUUGGGCAUUUCAUAUUUCCUGUUUGUUCUCUGUAUAUGGUCAGGUUCAUAUCAGUGUCACUGGGACCACUGUGGACAUGAAAUACAGUAUGUUUGCCUUCUGACAUUAUAAUGUGUUACUCUCCUAUGUAAUGAAAUGUGUAUGGUAUCACCAUGUUGCACAGAACUGGAAUAUAUGAGAAAAUAUUUAUUUAAAGUCUUAAACAGCUUGAAUGUUUUUGUUCUAUUGUUUUUCAUACUAAACAUUUGUUGGUUUUACUUGCAAUACAUUCUCUUGUGAAAGCCUUACCUGAUGAUUGAAUUUCUAGUUCAGUUUCUGAUAUCGUGUUUUGGUUGGGGCAGGAGGCUGGGUGGUUCUGCUUCAUUUGUGCAAUAUUGUGUUAUAUCACUAAGCCGGUUACAUAUCAUUUCUUGAGUUAGAGCAUUGUAAAAUCCUGAUUAUGAAUGGUAGAAUACAUUGUAGCAGUUAUAUAAUAUCAUCCAUGACAUCAAGAUCAGUAUUUCAAUGCGUGUUUUAAAUAUAUACUGUAUGAUUAGAAAUUUAAGUAAAUCAUGGUGAGAGAGUAUCUGUAACAGAUGAACUAUACAUUCUUUAAGUCAUAUUUAAAUAAUAAGGCACAGUCAGGAUAAGGCAUAGAUUGUGGAUCAUUUGUAUGAGUUGUUAGUUUCACUUAAGGCUUGUUCAGUUUCUAUUCGAUGAGCAUUUUGCUGUUACAGAUAAUGGCUGGUAUGUGUUAAUCGUAUUGAAAUUGUUAGUUUAAACUAAGUCAUGUAAUUUCAUCUGUUUGAGUCAGAAACUUUUUGGAAAAACAAGCAUACAUCUUGUUCCACAGCCUUUGUAUUGGUAGUUCUUUCUAGAUUUCUCUUUCUAAACAAAUGGGAUUUCAUAAUUUUUCUCAUUUAAAAUGCUAUUGUUGAUAGCCCUAGAAGAACAACACUUUAUCUGCAGCACACAGUUAUCUUAAGAAGUUUUGAACAUUGUGAAUAUUUGAUGAUCACAAAAUAAUCAAAAAUUUCAGUCACAUUAUUAAUUCAUUAUGGUUUUGGCCAUAGUAUGGAUAUGUUUAUAGAUAUAUCUUAUUGUAAAAUAUUUUUUAGACAAUGUGCAAAUCCUUAACUUGGCAACAGUAUCAUAAAAAGUUCACUUUUUUCCACCACAGCACAAAUAGCUACCAGAUACUAUGCCAAACCAGUGGAGCACACCUUAUACGACUGGAUGUUCCCACAGUAUAACUGACCAUGUUAAUUUUAUAUAUGUCAUCGCUAUUUGUUAGUCAUUUGACAAGAAGCUGUACAGUGUGAGCUUAUCAAAAAACUAUUCUGCCCGAGACCUUUUGUUCUCCUUAAGAUUUCAGGUAUUACAGAUAAGCUACAGUAGAAGGUGAAUAUGAAAUUUCUGAAGAACCAUUUUAAAAUUAACAAAUAACUCUGGGGGAAAAGGAUUUUAAGCUUUUAACAGGAGUUGAACAUUUUGAACAAAAAAUGAUUUCAGAAUAUAGUCCUUUUUAUUUUAAGAUUUGAGUCUGCAAGAUUUGGGUUUAAUCAGCUAGAAAAUCGCAAUGUAUCAGAUUGUAAGUUUAAAGAACGGCUAUAGAUGUUACAGUACCUACAGUAUUGUUCUUCCAUGCUGAAUAAUAAUAGUCUACUUAGUGAAACAACAAGGUGACACCAACUGGAAGGAGACAGUUUCUGGAGGAGAUCUGGAUACUGUAAACACUAAUAGGAUUGUGCUUCAAAAAGGAUUUUUCACCAAAACCUCUGUCAAAUAUGUUGUGACUAUUUUACUUUUAUCAUUGUAAGUAUUUCAGAUUGUGUGGAAAUGCCUCUGUGACAUUGACCUCUAGGUUCUGUGUCAACACUGAAGAUCUUGGAUGGCUUUCAAAUCUUAAUAUUACUUGGCCAAUUUUGAAAUCAUUAUUUCGGUAUUUUAUUUCACUUUUACCAAUCUGUUAAUCUUAAAGUAAGAACUUCAGUCCUUUUUAUGAGACAGUAUGGGUGUGCAGUCUUGUCAUCAUUGUAUCUCCAAUUGUAAAUAAAAAUGGUGCAAAAAUAAAUUAAAAUAAAUUGUAAACCAAUCUGGUUUUGCUAGAGAAGCAUUCAAUUUGGAAACUGUUCCAUAGCCAAUGACUGAUAUGUUUAAGUCAAAAAUCUUAAAACUGUUGUAGUUCCUAGUAGCUUCAAUUAGUAAUUGUGUUCACCAUGGAAAGCAAAAUGUAAUGAGGUACAAAUACUGUCAAACUUGUAUAAACAAAUAAAGAAAUUCAGCACUGUA